ACAAGCUCGAAUUUAUUGUGUGUGUUUUUAUACCAAAACAUAAAAAAUAUCAAAUCUAUGCAUUUCCAUUAGUCUGUAAUUGGCAGUAAAGGUUUUAAAAGUAGCUUGAGCAGACUAUCAGCAUCGGUUAGGGAGUAUGAUCAACUACAGCUGAUUGCAUUAUGAUGGUUUAUAUUUGGUAAUGAGCUCCAAGUAAUAUAUUAUCAGAUUUCUGGCUUGGGAAUCUAAAAGUGGCAGCUUUGGUAGAGACCAGUCUCUACUAUAAAAAGUUCAACAAAGAUGCUAUUACAUUUGUUAUAUAAGGACUGUAGACUUUAAAAGCCUCCCUGAUAGCCUAGACUCCUGUAGCAACUCCCAAAUACACAACUGGGUCUGCUAAAGAUCCCCAACACACAUAUGGACUGGGCAAUCAAACUCCAAUGAGUCCCUCAGCAGUUCUACAAGGACAAAGAAGAUGCUCCAGCGCCUGGACUAAGCCACAUUGCUUUUCUUUAACUAAACAAUAUGGUAAAAAUCUAUAAUAGAUAUGGAAAAUAUUAGACACACCUAAACACCAAUAAUAUCCUAAAAAUGAACCCUGACCUGCAAUGAAGUUGAAGUACAAAGAAAAAGACAGAGAUUCUAAAGGAUACUGGUUUAUGCACUAAAAAUACAUCAGACCAGAUCUUGCUUUAGAUCUAUUAUGACAUAGUAUUCUCCUAUACAGUAUUCUUUUGGCAUCUCCACUUACUGUUUUGAUUUUAACCAACCCUAUAGUUCAUUCUCGGAUCCAUAGCCCCUCCCCUCCACAGACAGACCUGCCUCUACUCAGCCUCCUUCAGCACCAGACCUCAAGAGUUGUGAAAGGAGCAGGUGAAUCUGGGAGCAGAUUAGUCUCACUUCAACUCGCCUCUUUUGUAUUGGACAAAACAUCUGGGCUGAUUUCAAUAACCAUGUCUCUGGCAAAGGACUUGUUGUACCCCAGUCUUGCAGACGAGAGGAGGAAACACAAGAAGAAGAGGCUGGUGCAGAACCCCAACUCCUACUUCAUGGAUGUCAAAUGCAUAGGCUGCUACAGGAUCUCCACCAUCUUCAGCCAUGCCCACACAGUGGUGGCCUGCCCCGGCUGCUCUGUGAUCCUCUGCAGCCCAGGAGGGGGGAAAUGCAGAUUGACCGCAGGCUGUGCCUUCAGGAAGAAAUGUUCCUGAGAUGCAAUUUGCCAAGACAUCCACUAGGAGGCAGCAGAAGGGACCAUGAAAAAAUCUGAUCAGAGCCACUCCGUGUGGCUUAAUAGAGACAUCACCUCUAUACGAUCUGCAACUUGUAAUUUCGAGAUAUUUUCACCCUCUUGUGGGUAUUAAUUACAACACGAAUAGAGGACCAUGCUUGUACACUCCAUUAUGCUCAAUGUAAAAUGUAUGAAGGCAAUUAUAGCAUAGAAAACCUCAAAAUGCAAAAGGAGUCAAAUCAAUCAGAACUUCUGUAAAACAUUUAUUGAGGGCUGAACAUGGAGGGGGUGGUAAAUGAAACAAAAAGAAAAGGACCUCAAUCAAAUUUUUAGGCCCCCUCCUAGGCCUUGACAUAAGCUGAGACCAUCACAACAAAAUAAAAUAAAACAUUUAAAGAAUUAAUUGUCUGUGUCAUGUGUUCUUUGGUCUUUGCAUUUCCCUUG